AUGGAAAGAGAAGUAGCGGAUUUGCGAGCGCAACUCGGUUUUGGCGCCGAGUCGGUUCGCGUGAACGCUUUCGCGAAUGUGGUCAAAAAUUUGGAGCACAAAGAUGAGAGAAAAAAGAAAGAAUACCAUCGACUCUUUUGGCAGUGCGUGAACGAGUACGGCGACUACAUCUCGUCGCUGGCUGAUAAGAUAAUCUCAUCUCGUCUCCAAUCGAGCGCUUUCAGCAAUGAGGCGGUGAUUACCGAGAUGAUGGCGAUUUUUUCCGUAAAAAAGCCGGGAUCGAGAAGAAUUUUGCGGUUUCUCUUGCAUCAAAAUGGAGAUUUGUCAAGAAUCUGUGCUCAAAUCUACUCGAGAGUGCCCGAAAUGCUUGAUGAGAUGAUUGAGGAAAUGAAAGGAAUCGAUUGGGAAAGAGCCCGACCUGCCGUGCUCUCAUUUUUGUGCAUGGAGACUUUAUCAGAAAGUCACAGAGUGAUUCUCGCAGAAUAUCUUCUCGAAAAAGAGACCGAAAAGGCAUCUCCACUCUUCGUGUUGACGCUGAAAAGAUUUCUCCCACAAUCAUUUCUUUGCCGUUUACCCCCAAGUCAACUGGUUUACGAGCAUUGUAUCAAAGAGGGAACAUCUUUAUCCGCCACAUCACCCGUUCAUUUGAUGUCAAGAGCCAAGCAGACACUUUGCCAACCGGAUCUUUUGAAAAUCGCUGAAGCUCAUCCCUGCAAUUUGCCCGUUUUCCUCACCCUCGUUGCUUCAAUCGGGGAGUUGGCAAAAGUCGCUUCAGAGCUUGUCGAUCGAAAUGUUUUGGAUAAGGUUAAACAAUUGAUUCUCGAGAUUCAAUCGUGGAGACCAACAUUUUUGAUUGCUAAAGAUGAGGGCCAGUCGAUCACCAAUUUCGACUACUUUGAACGGGUUGUCGGUGACGGGGAAAGUCUGACAGCUUAUUUUCAACGUUGGCUUAAAAUGAAUGAAUGGGAAAUCAAUGAUGAUUCGAUUUCUUUUCUCAUUGGAGCGCUCGCCUUUGUGAAACAAGAUGAGCACUCUAUGGUUUUUCGGUUACUCGAAGAGUUUUGUCGGCGAAAAGCGGAAUUUACACCGAUUUCGAUCCUUUGUCUUCUCACGAUUUACAGUCGUCCAUGGUUUUCCGUGUCAAAAGAGGCAAUUAUUGAGUGUAUCGGACGGGUGACGAUAGCCGCAAAGAAUACGCUCGUCGUAUCACCGGCACUGCGUUUUCUGCUAGCCGUUUGUCAAAAGAAAGUCCAAGACCCUGUUGAUGACAGUGUGGAGAAUCGAGAGCGUUUAGCGGCAAUUGCGGCAAUUGGAGAGCUCUUUGUCGAAUAUAAUGGUAUCUUUGAUGAGAUCAAGUUUUUGUGCAUGGUGAAACCGGAGGAUGGACACUCGCGGUGGACGGAGGCUCGCUUGGAGCUCGCUGCGACAAUUUGCAAACACAGUGAACUCUCGGACGAGCUCCUUCCAUCUCUAUCCACUCUUCUCACCAAGGGCGGCCCACUUCUCCCAGCAGUGCUCCGAGUGAUCAAAGUGCUUUGCGAAGAAGGGGUAUUCGAAAUCCCAGUGAUCGCCAAUCAAUCCCGAACCCGAUCCGUCCACGAUCCAAAAGCCCUCUCCGAGCAUGCAAGAAUUUUGGCGUUAUCUCGAGUUGAAUCAAAUCGACCACAAGAAGAGCUUGAUGAAGAGGAGGCGGAAAAUUUACAGAAAAAUCAGGAAUUCGCUCAGCAAGUCGCUCUGCCAGAGCUAUGGACGAUGACGGGUCAUUUAAGUGAAAUCGUUCGCGAUGCCGCUUUUGAAAGCCUUACAAAUUUCUCACUGGAAGAAAUCUAUGUUCACAUUGAUUCGAUCACGGAAAAUGAGAACGAAGAAGGAAAAACCGUCAAAAUGGAAAAGUUAUCCGACGUUUUGCUGGAUCAAGUUUUGGGCAAUGAUGUUGAAAGGAGUGAAGGUCUCACUAAAUUUCUCCACAGAGCUGUAGCUGAAGAUCUCGAGAGUUUGCCACGACCAUUGUACACCAAAAAGAUCAACGAAGACGAGGAUCCACUUUUUCCCACCACAUUUGCCAUUUAUGAAACAAAGCAAAAUGAGGAUGCCGAUUUGAAUUUUCUUUCGAUUCUCUCAAUCAUCCUCAAAGGGAUCCCCAUUGAUAAACGACCAUUUCUGGCGAAGAGAAUGCUCACGAAAUGUUUGAUACAGAUCUCAACUCCAAGCACCAAUUCGCCAGAUUUCCCCAAAUACCUUUCCGCUUGGCGAUCGUUGACGGAAACUUGUUUAGAGGUGUUCGCGAAAUCACAUCUCGAACAAGGAGAACCGUCGUUUACUUGGGCAAGGGAUCAACUUUGCGAAGAGCUUCGUCGUGCUCUUUUGCAAGCGGAAGACUCACUCUCCAAUGUGCUCACCGUGUUGAUCUACAUGGCAUUGAAGCUGAGUAAUGUUCACGAGAGCUCUUCAUCGAAUCCCUAUCGUCCGUGGUUGAUCUCAGUGAUCGAGUUCCUUUGUUUGGUUAAAGAUUGGAAUCACAAUCCACGAAUGAAUCCGAUCUUUCAAUGUGUUAUCAAGUCGAUAAGUGAAUCAAAGAAGCUUGCAAGGCUUGGAUUGAUGCUUUUCUCAAAGCAUCUUUUAAAAAGUGAUCUCUCAUUCUAUCAAGGCAAUUCGCUUGUCAAUGAUGAGCAAGCAAUAACCCGUGAAAUGUUCGGCAAUGACGGAGAAUGGGCAAUGUCUUUAAUUGAUGGAACAGCAACUUCAAGUGAAUCAACAAUGGUCUCAAGGGAGAAGAGUACUUUGAUUGGUUAUUCCCUCGGUUUGGCGCCGAUGACGCUCGAGGUGGAGGCAAAUAAAACGACAAAUCCCUCUCUUCAAAUGCCAAAAUUUGAAUCAAUCGAACACGUGGACACAGUUCAUCAAAUUUUCAAUCAUUUAUCCGAAGUGGAUAGUACUUGUUUUGAAGCAAAUCGGAGAAAAGUAAAGAAAGCGUUGGAAAUGGUGAUCAAGAAAAAAGACCUGGAAAUGGGGAAAGCGGUUUGGAAAGGUCUAUCUUCGUAUUCUCUAUCACAAUGUGGUCGAGUUUUGUCGAAACUUCCACUCGACUACGCGGCGUUGCCAGAGAAUAGCCUGUUGCGAGCCGUCGAGCGGAGGAUACGAGUGAUCACCACCCCCGCGAAGCGUGAUGUCUUGUUGAAGUCACUGACGAAUCAAUGCCGGAAAAAUGAUGGUCGAAACCUUCCUCCAAUCGACAUCUCACAUCUCAUUUCUUAUGCCAAUGAUGUCACUUCGUGGAUUACCGUUUUUCAAUUGGCUGUCCAACAAAAACACUCAACAUUGAUUGCAAGAUUGAUUUCUCGAAAAUCUGCACUAAAAAUUGAAGCCGAUUUUACGGUGAUAGAGACGUUGGCGAAGAAUUUUGAAGAAUUUCACGGAUCGAUCCCGGAAAGGAGUCAGCGGCAAGUGGCCGAUCACUUAUUGAAUCAAUUGGAGUCAAUUGAGUCGCAGAAUCGAGAAAUCCUUUCAGAGAGAAUCGGCGAAUUGUCGAAGAUUCCGAUUUUCUGCCAAGAACUCACAACUUUCCUCACCAAACCGACGAGUUGUUUGGAGAUCGAGAAGGCAUUGUGGAAAACGAUCGAGGGAAAAGCGAAUCAGCAAAUCAUCGGGGAUACAUUUUUGGGAACAAUCGUCGCUUGUUGGCUCGAGUGUUCCAAAGAGUCCCGGGCAUUGUCGAUGGGGAAAAUUGUCGAGAUAUUGAGAGGAAGCACAAAAAGUCAGAGUCAAACGAUCGCUUGUCUAAUUGGGGAUCGUUGUUCUUUGAUGUCUUUUCCUCAAAUGAUUUUGAUCUUUUCCGAUGCCUUGACCCAAGCAAAAGUUCUUAUCGCUAAAGGAGACAAGCCAGUUUUGCUAUCAUUUUGGCCGAUUAUCGUUUCAUUGAUCGUUUCGAUUCCAUCUCCGAUUCCUUUCCAAUUUGUUCGAGAGGAUGAUGAAAAAACGGUGGAACUUGCAGCUCGACGAGUCCAAUAUCAUCUCGAUUUUCUUCUGGCUAGAGACGAGUUCGCUUCGUUGAUUGAACCGUUGGCGAGUUAUCUACUGACAAUUAUCCCAGAUCUUCAACCGCCACACUUGCAAGGAGCUAAAGAUUGCUUUCGCAUGCUACUCGGCAAGCGCUCACUUCCACAAAUCGACAACGACGCCAAGUGGAGAAUGCUGUUCGCA